AUAGAGGCGAAAGCUAUUGCCUUAGGCCUGAGGUUGGCAUCAUAGUGUUAUGAAAGGGAAGUGGAGGUGGAAUGCGACAACCUGAGAGUCGUUAUCUUGAUCAAUGGAGCGCAAAGAGAGGGCUCUCAACUGGGCAUCAUUGUUCGGGAAAUUAGACACUUAGCUAGUAAUUUUAGUAGCAUUAAAUUUAAUCAUGAAUUUAGAGAGGCCAAUAUGGCGGCUCAUACUAUGGCUCGCCUUAGCCCUCUCGACUUCACGACUCGAGUAUGGGUUGGGGGUUGCCCAAGUAUUUUAGAUGAUGUAAUUGCUUCGGAUUUCUGUUUAAUCAAUAAAGAUAACUAGCGGUACCGGCCGUUUUCCCUAAAAAAAAAAAAAAAAAGUUUAACAUAGUCUUUAAAUCCCAAUGAUGUAAUUUCACCAUUUGAUCAACAAAAAUAUUUCGAAAUUUAACCCUUCAAAUCCAUCAACAAAAACACAAACACUGUUGGAUUGGUUUUCUUCCUAAAACCGCCAUAAUAAAACAACCUUCUAGAUCUUUCCACGUGUAAACUUCUAAAUUCUUAUCUAUACACGUAAUCAAUCCACCUGAUUCUUCAACGACCAAUCACAGGCCACUUAGUGUACCUAUAAAGAACGGCGUUCACUAAACCUCUCUCUAGCAUAUUCUGUUACCACUCCAAAGGAAGGAAAGAGCAACAAACUUCAGCUAUGUCGAACAUCGCAGUUGGAAAGGAAAAUCAACCUCCGCCGCCGGAAACGGAGGCUGAGCUGCCAAAAGUAGAUGCGAAGGCGGAGGAGAAGCCUAAGAGAGGGAGGAAGCCGAAGGUUCUCAAAGAGAAUAAGAAGUCUACGACUCCUCAUCCUCCUUACUUCCAGAUGAUAAAAGAAGCAAUAGUAUCACUGAAUGAAAAAGGCGGAUCAAGUCCAUACGCAAUCGCAAAAUACAUGGAACAAAAACACAAUUCAGUACUCCCUUCAAACUUCAGGAAAAUCCUAGGCUUUCAACUGAAGAAUUCAGUGUCAAAGGGUAAACUAAUCAAAAUCAAAGCCUCCUACAAGCUUUCCGAGGCCGGAAAGAAGAGAGAGAAAUCAUCAUCUUCAUCAUCUACCACCAAGGCUGCCAGAGCAAACGCAGCGAAAGAGCCUACUAAGAGGAAGAAGAAGCCUAAGUCCAGGUCCGUUAGCAAGAUCGAUAACCCACUUCCUAGUAAUAAUAAUAAUCCUACUGGUAAGAGGAGUAAGAGGUCGAAGCCGAAGCAACUCAAAACGAUUGCUAAGAAGUAGAGUUGAUCAAAAUUUCGUGCCGGACUCGAGUUUUGGUCCAAAAAUGCAUAUUAUAGGGGUGCUCAAACCCGUACUUUUACGGGUCGGGCUAUUGGGCCGGACUAUAGAAGUAAGAAGGCAAGCUUAGUUGGCUUUUGGUAAUGGUUUUUAGGGUCUUUAAAAAGAUAUAAAUAUUGUAUUUUGUAAUGGUUUGUGUUUUGUGAGUUUUAGUUUUAGUGUAGGGAAGGUGAUAUGGAGAGGUUAUGUAAUUAUGGGAAUAAGUUAAACUAACUACCACUCCAUAAUAGAUAGCAGAAGCUUAGUAAGGACUAACGAGUAGUUGCCUAUUCUGUCAUUUUGGUUAAUGUGUAUGGACUUGUAUUUUGCUAAGAAUGAGGGAUUGUGCCUUUGUAAAAUAUUUCUCCAAGGAAGGGAAGCUUCAUUUUAUUUCA